GUCAACCCUCUUCCGGUUCCUGUUUGUAUCUUUUCGCCCUUUUUCUACAGCGAGUCGCCAUCGAGGCUGUCGCUGGCUGAUAGUUGUAACUUAACUUAGCAAAAAUGCGUUACACGGUGCACCGUCCAUUGGUGACCGUCUACACCGAGAAAAAUGAGGUGGGAGACGCGUCGGUCGCUUUGCCUGCAGUCUUCAAGGCACCCAUACGACCUGACAUUGUCAACUUUGUUCACAUGAACAUGGCAAAGAACAGGAGGCACCCCUAUGCUGUGUCUAAAGAAGCAGGCCACCAGACUUCGGCUGAGUCUUGGGGCACCGGACGAGCUGUGGCCCGUAUUCCGCGUGUUCGCGGCGGAGGCACUCACCGUUCCGGUCAGGGUGCCUUUGGCAACAUGUGCCGCGGUGGCCGCAUGUUUGCCCCGACCAAAGUGUACCGUCGUUGGCACCGCCACAUCAACGUCGGCCAGAAGCGCUAUGCCAUCUGCUCUGCCGUAGCUGCAACGGGCGUGCCUGGCCUUGUCCUUUCCAAGGGACACAAGAUUGAGGAGAUCCCUGAGAUACCACUGGUUGUGACCAGCAAGGUGGAAGAGUUCAAGAAGACCAAGGAGGCUAUGCUUUUCCUCAAGAAGCUCAAAGCAUGGAAGGAUGUAGAGAAGGUGUACAAGUCUCGUCGUCUGCGUGCUGGCAAGGGCAAGAUGAGGAACCGUCGCCGCAUCCAACGCCUUGGCCCACUCGUUGUCUAUGAAAAAGACCAGGGUCUGUCCCGUGCUUUCCGCAACAUCCCAGGUGUGGAGACCCUUCGAGUCGACCAACUGAACCUGCUGAAGGUUGCACCAGGUGGUCACAUUGGACGUUUUGUAAUUUGGACCGAAGGUGCUUUCCGUCAGCUGGACCGUCUCUACGGCUCCUUCAGCAAGCCUUCCAAGACCAAGAAGAACUUCCACCUCCCCAUCCCCAUCAUGACCAACCCAGAUAUCAAUAGGGUUCUCAAGAGUGCCGAGAUCCGACACACGCUCAGGCCUGCAAAGAGGAAGAUUGUCCGCCGAACGCAGCACAAGAACCCGCUGAAGAACAUCAACCUUAUGGUCAAGCUCAACCCAUAUGCAGUGGUCCAACGACGUGCAGCCGUUAUCAACAACACGAGGCGCAAGCUUGAAAAGAGGGCUCUCCUGGCAAAGAAGCGCGGGCUACCACCACCUGAAGUGAAGUUGGCACCGUGGCAACAGGUCCUCAAGAGGUCUUCUGAGGCUCGCAGGGCAGCAGCCAUUAAAAAGAGAGGCGGAAAGCAGAUUCCAGUACAGGAACCGAAGCCGAGGGGUAAGCUGGCUACCAAGCGUAGGGUCAAGGCAAGGAUCCAGGCUUACAAGGAAGGAAAGAUCCCUUCAAAGAAGAAGGUAGAGGCACCAGCUAAGGGCAAGUCUGCCCCUGCAGCGAAGGCAACCCCAGCUAAAAAGGCUCAGACUGUCAAGAAAUGAGCUUCGGUGUAGCGGGUUGCUCAUGGAAAUAAAAUGUUGAAAUGAA